AUGUCCACUCGUUCCCCAACGACACUGGUGGUACUGCUGCUUGCCGGGCGACUGUGGCUGCGGCUCCCGGGGGUGUCGGUCCACGCCUGGGGGCCACCGCCGCCGCGUGGGUCGUGCGCCCGACCCACGACACGGACGGGGUCCUACCGAACGGGAAACACUGCGCGGUACGGAUUCUUCCAAGAUCUCUUGGGACCCGGGUUUCGCAAACCUGCACCCGCCGUUCCUAAAAAAUGGGACCAGGUCACCAUUGAGCCCGAUUUCCGCGUCGCCGGACUCUUUCUCCUCCUCGGGGGCGUCCUGGAUACCAUCCCCUACGUACAACUCACACUCGGACCACUGGUCACCCUCCUCGGUAUCCUCUUUUUCGUACAAACCUGUCGUUUGCGCUUUCAAUUCGACGAAGACAACAAUUUCCAACUCGUCACGGUCAAUCCCUUUACCGGACAGCUCGCCACCGACGUGGGCGACAACGUUAUUGUCGGCGGAGCCAACCGAUGGGCCUGCGACUCCUUCGUCAAUUACGAUUUUUUUCCCUCGGGAUGGAUAGAUGACGAUGCCAACCCCGUAGGACCCAUUCUGGUGUAUUUCAAGGAAACACAGACGAGUCCCGAACAGUGGAAUCAAGGACCGGGACAAGCGGCCAACGAUCCCGACAAAAUUGACGGGGGUCAGGCCGUUCCCGGACAAGUCCACUUUUUCCCCGCCGUAGCCAACGGCCAGCAACUCCGUGCCGAAUUUGAACGACGCGGCUGUGCUCGAUUCGUUCCGUCGGCGGCGGCGACCCGAGACGCAAACGAGCCGUAACGAACGGGCCCCUAUCAAGAGGGAUUUUGCUACGGACCGUGGAUCUACUAACGUUAGCUCUAGAGAGGUGAAACGGUAAUGACUGUUCCUGUUCGUG